CAUCGUCCUCAUCAUUGGAGAACUUGAACUCGGUCUUCAAAUCCUACCUCACCCCCCACUGGCCUUCUCUGACUGGGCUCUGAAGUGAUUUAGCCCCAUCUUCAUUUCUGCUGCCACCUUCUCUCCGGGGCCUCCAUGAAGCUCCCAGCUUUCCUGAGCCUGCUGGCCUUGGUGCUGCUAGAAGCAGAGACAGCUUCUCGCCCGAAGGGGAGGAAGAGGAGAGACCAGACAAACGAGGAAGGAGAUUCUUAUUCGGUCCUCAAUCUGGGGAAUUACGACCCUGGCCUGGACAACUAUGAUGAGGUCAUUGACCUGAGUGACUAUGAGGGGCUCACGGACUAUGGGGACCAGCUCCCCGAGGUCAAAGUGACCAGCCUGACUCCCCCAACCAGGAUCGGUUCCACUCAGAGCACAAUGGAUCCAAGGACACUCUCUUCCGAGCCCACGAUGACCAAGCCUACAACACUGGGCCUCCUGGGUUCCCCAAGCAGCCACGACCUGCCAACCUGUCUGGUCUGCGUGUGCCUUGGUUCCUCUGUGUACUGUGACGAUGCCGACCUAGAGAGCAUCCCGCCCCUUCCCAAGACAACCGCCUACCUGUACGCCCGCUUCAACCGCAUCCCCCGGAUCCGAGCUGGAGACUUCAAGGGGCUGACAAAACUGAAGAAGAUCGACCUUUCCAGCAAUUCCAUCUCCUCCAUUGAUGAUGAUGCCCUCCGCCUGCUGCCUGCCCUUCAGGACCUGAUCCUCCCAGAGAACCAGCUGACGGCUCUGCCUGUGCUGCCGGCUGGCAUCGAGGUCCUGGACGUCCGCCUGAACCGGCUCCAGAGCUCUGGCAUACGGCCUGCAGCCUUCAGGGCGCUAGAGAGGCUGCAGUUCCUCUACAUGGCUGACAACCUGCUCGACUCCAUCCCUGGACCCCUGCCCGAGAGCCUGCGCUCACUGCACCUGCAGAAUAACAUGAUAGAGACCAUACAGAGAGACGCCUUCUGUGACACUGAGGAGCACAAACACAGCCGCAGACGGCUGGAGGACAUCCGCCUAGACGGCAACCCCGUCAACCUGGGCCUCUUCCCAGGCGCCUACUUCUGCCUGCCUCGGCUCCCCACCGGCCGCUGCUGCUAGCUUCCCGCUCCCCAAGCCAGCGGGAAGCGUGCGGCAGCCUUUCCUUCAGGCUGGAGUCGACCUCCGAAUCCGGUUGCAAAACAUACCCCCACCCCCUUCCCCC